GUGGGCGGGACCAUUGGACAACAGUCGAGUGAGAGAUGGCGCCGAGCUCGAAAUCAGAGAAGGACGAUGGCAAACACCAAAGUCAAAGAAAGCGCAAGGACCAUGUUGUGAAACUUCUCGUACGGGGACAGCAGUCAGGACAGUUUUCCCAGCGACUGUUCAGGAAGCUGCCACCCCGAGUCUGUGUGCCACUGUAUAGCAUAGUUAGUAGAGAGUUCCUCAAAGCAGGGCACAUCUUUCUGGGCUUCACCAGAUGUGGGCGAUAUGUUUUGUCCUACACCAGUUGCUGUGGGGAGGAUGAUGAAUUCUCCUUCUUCACCUACCGUCUCUACUGGUGGGAGUUCAAUGUGCACAGCAGGCUAAAGCAGGUCCAUCAUGUGAGACUCUUUGCAGACGAGGAAAUCUACAGUGACCUGUACUUGACUGUCUGCGAGUGGCCAAAUGACCCCUCCAAAAUUGUUAUCUUUGGAUUUAACAUUCGGUCAACCUCUGUUCUGAUGAACCUCAUUAUGAGCGAUGAGAACAACAGAGACGUCUACAUCACCGUCGCCGCCAUGCCUCCGUCCAAACCAUGUCCUGACUGCUGCCCGGUGCCCACACACUCCACCAUACGUACAGGUGGUGACUGUCUGGAGCACGGUUAUGUGCUCAACAGCAGGUACCAAGUGGUGUAUCCUUUCCCAACCUUCCAGCCAGCUUUCCAGCUAAAGAAGGACCAGGUCAUCUUGCUGAACACCAGUUACUCUCUGGUGGCAUGUGCCAUCUCACUCUGCCCAGGUCCACAGAGGCAGUCGUCUCAGAUUCUCUACACAAAGAGACCUGCUCCAUCCACCCAGCCCGGAGCAUCUUCCUCGAUACCUCGUGGAUCUCCUGGUUCUCCGCCUGCGACCGCCAGGCCUCUGCACCCUUCUUCCUCUCCUGGUCCAUCGACGGCAACCAUGCGAGCGCGAGAGUUUGCAGCUGACCUCUUCAGAAGAGCCCAAGGAGGAGGAGCGAGAAGAGCUGACACUGGUGAAACCGAGGUUCUGCCAAAACCAGAGGAGGCACCUUUAAAUACCGGGACCAGCGAAGAAGAACAUAGAAUCACUACAGAUGAGGAGAGUCUCUCUGCUCCUCAAGCGUCAUCAUCAUCCUCCUCGGCACCUGCAACACCUCCAUCUCCCACGUCGCAAGACACUGACCCUUCUGAGCCUGGAUAUGUGAACUACUCGUGCCUGCACUUCCGCCACCCACACCCAGGGGCAGCAGAGCAGAAUGAAGGAAGUGCAGGUCAUGACGAUAAAUUCCAGCUGCCAUUCACCGUCACAGAUUUAAAGGGACGAAACCUACAGCUGGUUACAGGGCCUCACGCGGGACAGAGUGUGUGUGUGGAGCAGCUGACUCUGGACUUUGAGUAUCUUAUCAACGAGGUGAUCCGGAAUGACGCGGUGUGGGCGCCACAGUUCUGCUCUUUCAGUGACUACGACGUUGUUAUUCUUGAGGUUUGUCCAGACACGAACACUGUGAUGAUCAACAUCGGCCUCCUGCUCCUGGCUUUCUCUUCUUCUGAUGAAGAGCAUUGCAGGCCCAACACCUACCACUCACACCUGCAGGUCAGCUGGGACCUCAACACGGGCGUCUGCUGCACGGUGGGCGUUGGAGACCUGACUGAGGUCAAAGGUCAAACCAGUGGGGUGGUGUGGAGUUCGUACAGGAAGUCCUGCGUGAACACGGUGAUGAAGCUGCUGAUACCCGAGAGCAGCUCCAGAUACAUCAAUCGCAUGACCAACGAAGCUCUACACAAAGGCUCGUCUCUUCAGGUGCUGGCAGACAGCGACCGCUGCACGUGGAUCGUUUUAUGAUGACCAGUGACUGGAGCCGCCCCCAUUCACGCAGUUGUGGAAUGUAAAAUUAAAGAGUUGUUGGGACUGAACUUAUAGGUUUAUUGAAAUUUAAUUUUUAUAUUUUUGUUUCUGUGUGUGUGUGUGUAAGGCUUUGUCAAAACAGUCGUGAUGAAGCUUCAUGAAGCUCUAUGUUCCAUCACUACAGAACAAAGUCACAUUGUACAUGCAACAUUUUCAUUUUGUUGUAGCUAAGGUUUAGUUGUCAAAUGUCACUGAAUAAAAAUAUGUCAAAGCAUUGUGUUU